AUGUAUUCAAGGCAAUUUCUAUUUCUCUCUAUUCUCGUUGGCACUGUUUCCGCAGAUUUCUCGGCGAGUUUCAACAAAUUCCAAAUUGAUAAUUAUGGAAAAGGAAUCAAUGAUUUAUUGGCAAGAAGAGACAUCGGACCGCAUGGAAGUUAUGGAGGAGGCACUCAUGAUGGAAGUGUUAGAACAAGGUUGGAUCCAUUCAUUCUGAAAUAG